AUGCAAGAAAAGAAUCUAUCCUUUUACGAGAACCUUAAUAUAGAUUUUGUCACAAACAGUGGUAAUGUUAAACUGAAUGUGACCGCUACUGGAUUACUGGACAGAUUGUUAGACAAUACAAAAAUCACCGUUGUAUUAACGCAUGGUUUUAUGGAGAGUUCGGACGGAAUAAUGGCAAAAGCUCUGACGUCAGAGCUUUUAAAGAGAAAAAAUAUGGACAUAUUGGUUUUAGAUGGACGGAAAUUUAUAUCAUAUGAAUAUUUCCGGUCGACGACGUACGUACGAUUUAUUGGAGAGAAAUUGGGAUCGUUGCUAAGUGAAAUAAUAAAAAAAGGUCAAGAUGCAAACAAGAUAAUUUUAAUAGGUCACAGUCUUGGAGCUCACGUAGCUGGUGUAGCGGGUAAAAGAAUUCAGCAAUUGACGGGUACAGCUAUAGGUCGUAUUAUCGCUUUGGAUCCCGCGGGACCUUGCUUCAUCAACGUCAGUCGGGAUAACCGAUUGGAUCGGAAUGACGCAGUGCACGUUGAUGUCAUACACACUAACGGUGGCAUAUUAGGAUUGAAAGAACCUGUAGGUCACAAAGAUUUCUAUCCUAACGGUGGAUCGUCACAACCGGGAUGUUUCCUUUCCACCUGCGAUCACAGCAGAGCGUGGGAACUAUUUGCGGAAUCUCUUACAUUUCCUCAACAUUUUAUCGCUCGUAGGUGUAGUAAUUGGACAAUGUUUCGAGAAGGACAUUGUUCAAAAAAUGAAUUAGCCUACAUGGGAAUAAAUUCCACGAAAGGCAAUCAUGGAUCCUAUUUCCUUGUAACUAAUUCUGUAACGCCCUUUGGCAUCGGCUCUGAUGGUACUGGAUAA